AUGGCCGUGGACAGCCUCCCGGUCACUACAGCCUCCCGGUCACUACGGCCUCCCGGUCACUACGGCCUCCCGGUCACUGCGGCCUCCCGGUCACUACGGCCUCCCGGUCACUGCGGCCUCCCGGUCACUACAGCCUCCCGGCCUGACCCUCCCGGUCACUGCAGCCUCCCGGUCACUGCAGCCUCCCGGUCACUACAGCCUCCCGGUCACUACGGCCUCCCGGUCACUACGGCCUCCCGGUCACUGCGGCCUCCCGGUCACUACGGCCUCCCGGUCACUACAGCCUCCCGGUCACUACGGCCUCCCGGUCACUGCGGCCUCCCGGUCACUGCGGCCUCCCGGUCACUACGGCCUCCCGGUCACUGCGGCCUCCCGGUCACUACAGCCUCCCGGUCACUGCGGCCUCCCGGUCACUACGGCCUCCCGGUCACUGCGGCCUCCCGGUCACUACAGCCUCCCGGUCACUGCGGCCUCCCGGUCACUACAGCCUCCCGGUCACUGCGGCCUCCCGGUCACUACGGCCUCCCGGUCACUACAGCCUCCCGGUCACUGCGGCCUCCCGGUCACUACAGCCUCCCGGUCACUGCGGCCUCCCGGUCACUACGGCCUCCCGGUCACUGCGGCCUCCCGGUCACUGCGGCCUCCCGGACACUGCGGCCUCCCGGUCACUGCGGCCUCCCGGACACUGCGGCCUCCCGGUCACUGCGGCCUCCCGGUCACUGCAGCCUCCCGGUCACUGCAGCCUCCCGGUCACUACAGCCUCCCGGUCACUACGGCCUCCCGGUCACUACGGCCUCCCGGUCACUGCGGCCUCCCGGUCACUACGGCCUCCCGGUCACUGCGGCCUCCCGGUCACUGCGGCCUCCCGGUCACUGCGGCCUCCCGGACACUGCGGCCUCCCGGUCACUGCGGCCUCCCGGUCACUGCAGCCUCCCGGUCACUGCAGCCUCCCGGUCACUACAGCCUCCCGGCCUGACCCUCCCGGUCACUGCAGCCUCCCGGUCACUGCAGCCUCCCGGUCACUACAGCCUCCCGGUCACUACAGCCUCCCGGUCACUACGGCCUCCCGGUCACUGCGGCCUCCCGGUCACUGCGGCCUCCCGGUCACUACGGCCUCCCGGUCACUGCGGCCUCCCGGUCACUGCGGCCUCCCGGUCACUACAGCCUCCCGGUCACUACAGCCUCCCGGUCACUACAGCCUCCCGGUCACUACAGCCUCCCGGUCACUACGGCCUCCCGGUCACUGCGGCCUCCCGGUCACUACAGCCUCCCGGUCACUACAGCCUCCCGGUCACUACGGCCUCCCGGUCACUGCGGCCUCCCGGUCACUGCGGCCUCCCGGUCACUACAGCCUCCCGGCCUGACCCUCCCGGUCACUGCGGCCUCCCGGUCACUGCGGCCUCCCGGUCACUGCGGCCUCCCGGUCACUGCGGCCUCCCGGUCACUGCGGCCUCCCGGUCACUGCGGCCUCCCGGUCACUGCGGCCUCCCGGUCACUGCGGCCUCCCGGUCACUGCGGCCUCCCGGUCACUGCGGCCUCCCGGACACUGCGGCCUCCCGGUCACUGCGGCCUCCCGGUCACUGCGGCCUCCCGGUCACUACGGCCUCCCGGUCACUACAGCCUCCCGGUCACUACAGCCUCCCGGUCACUACAGCCUCCCGCCUCCCGGUCACUACAGCCUCCCGGUCACUACAGCCUCCCGGCCUGACCCUCCCAGUCACUACAGCCUCCCGGCCUGACCCUCCCAGCCUGACCCUCCCGGUCACUACAGCCUCCCGGUCACUACAGCCUCCCGGUCACUACGGCCUCCCGGUCACUACAGCCUCCCGGUCACUACAGCCUCCCGGUCACUACGGCCUCCCGGUCACUGCGGCCUCCCGGUCACUGCGGCCUCCCGGUCACUGCGGCCUCCCGGACACUGCGGCCUCCCGGUCACUGCGGCCUCCCGGUCACUGCAGCCUCCCGGUCACUGCAGCCUCCCGGUCACUACAGCCUCCCGGCCUGACCCUCCCGGUCACUGCAGCCUCCCGGUCACUGCAGCCUCCCGGUCACUACAGCCUCCCGGUCACUACAGCCUCCCGGUCACUACAGCCACCCGGUCACUACAGCCUCCCAGUCACUACAGCCUCCCGGUCACUACAGCCUCCCGGCCUGACCCUCCCGGUCACUACAGCCUCCCGGCCUGACCCUCCCAGCCUGACCCUCCCGGUCACUACAGCCUCCCGAGCCUGA